AUGAACACCCUACGAAAGCACCAAAUGCGGCUCAACCCGGCAAAGUGCGCCUUCGGAAUGGAAGCAGGGAAGUUCCUCGGCUUCAUGAUUACGCAACGCGGAGUUGAAGCAAACCCGGAGAAAUGUCGUGCCGUCCUCGAAAUGGCAAGCCCAAAAAACCUUAAAGACAUCCAAAAGCUUACCGGCCGACUGACCGCGUUAUCACGCUUUCUCGGGGCAUCGGCUCAAAAAGCAAUCCCUUUCUUCAAACUAAUGAAAAAAGGAGCCCCUUUUAAAUGGGAGACGGAAUGCGAAGAAGCAUUCCAACACUUUAAGAGGGUUCUAGCGGAACCACCAAUUCUCGCCAAACCCCAAACAGGGAAAACGCUUUACCUGUACCUCUCCAUAACGGAAGAGGCACUCGCAGCAGCUCUCAUCCGAGAAAACGAGAAAAAGGAGCAAAAACCCGUAUACUUCAUAAGCAAAGUCUUACAGGAUGCAGAAGCUUGCUAUUCACGCUUAGAAAAGCUAGCUUUCGCACUCCUUACAGCCUCCCGGCACCUGCGGCAAUACUUCCAAGCUCACCCCGUGACGGUCCGAACCGACCAGGCAGUCAAACAAGUAUUACAGAAACCCGACCUAGCGGGAAGAAUGCUAUCAUGGUCCAUCGAGUUAUCCCAAUUCCAGAUCAAGUUCGAACCCCGGAACGCUAUCAAAGCACAAGUCUUGACCGAUUUCAUUGCCGAAAUGACUCCGGGAAAGCUCACCCCCGAACCAUGGAAACUGCACGUCAACGGCUCGUCAAACUCCACUCACGGAGGCGCCGGAAUCAUACUCGAAAUCCAAAAUGGGAUCACAAUUGAACAGUCAGUACGAUACGAAUUCCCAGUAUUGAAUAACCAAGCAGAAUACGAGGCCCUCUUAGCAGGCCUGACCUUAGCCCAGGAAGUCGGUGCAAAGGCCCUAGAGGUAAACACCGAUUCCCAGGUAGUCAGUUCCCAAAUCAACGGAAGCUACCAGGCACGAGAUCCCCUGCUCCAACAAUACCUCACCAAGGUAAACAAACUGAAAGAAGGAUUCGAGAGCAUUACCAUACAACAUGUCCCCAGGGAACGAAACUCCAGGGCAGACCUACUUUCCAAGCUAGCCAGUACCAAACCGGGACACGGUAACAAGUCGCUAAUUCAGGAGGUCGUUAGGUCGCCUUCUGUGUCAACAACAAUCAACGCUCAUCUAACAUCCUCAAAACGGGAGUCCUGGACGUACCCUAUCCUACAGUACCUCCUCGACAGAACCUUGCCGCCAGACCCAAAAGAGGGAAAGCGAAUAAAAAGGGAAGCCGCCAACUAUACCAUCGUAGCAGGACAACUAUACAAACGUGGAUUCUCGCAACCCCUACUCAAAUGUGUCGAACCCGGGAACACGGAGUACAUACUCCGCAAAAUCCACGAAGGCUGCUGUGGCCACCUCGUCGGAGGAAAAACAUUAGCCCAAAAAAUCAUCAGGGCUGGCUACUUCUGGCCCACAAUCAUUCGAGACUCCAUACAACUAGUAAAAAACUGUGACAAAUGCCAAAGACACGCCAAUAUCCACCAAGCCGCCCCACACCAGCUCAGCACCAUAUCGGCAGAACGGCCGUUCGGCACUUGGGGGAUCGACCUCGUCGGGCCCUUCCCUACAGCUCCCGGCCAACUAAGAUAUCUCAUUGUCGCCAUAGAUUAUUACACCAAAUGGAUCGAGGCCGAACCUCUGGCCUCCAUAACGGCGACCCAGUGUCGGAAAUUCGUUUGCUCAGUAGAACACCCUCAAACAAACGGACAGGUGGAAUCCGCAAACAAAAUAAUCGUUAAAGGACUCAAGAAACGGCUCGACGAAGCCAAAGGACUAUGGGCAGACGAAUUAGGGUCAGUUCUAUGGUCGUACCGAACAACACCCCAAACGACCACGGGGGAAACGCCUUUCCGAUUAACAUACGGCGUGGAAGCAGUCAUCCCAGUUGAAAUCGGGGACCCCAGCCCCAGGAAAACGGUCGGAGGUAACGACGAAAAAGCAGAACGAGACCUCAUUGACGAAGAAAGAAGCAUAGCUCACGUCAAAGAGUUAGCAUUCAAACAAAGAAUCAGCCUAAGAUACAAUCACGGCGUUAUCCGACGAGAAUUUGCGGCUGACGACCUCGUCCUACGACGAAACGAUAUCGGUCCCCCGACUCCAGGAGAAGGAAAGCUCACCCCCAACUGGGAAGGACCAUACAGAAUCAAGGCCGUAAGCGGAAAAGGAGCGUAUAAACUCGAACGGCUCAACGGCGACGAAGUCCCGAGGACCUGGAACGCAGCCAACUUGCGACGAUACUACGCCUAG